UUGAAGGAGAGGUGGCUGUCAGAAUCCGAUUAGCAGAUCAAUCUUUUCAACUCUUUAUACUUUAGAUUAUUUCUUCAUACUUUGUGCAGUAGAUCAAACGGUGAUUUCAAUUCCAUCAUGUUUGUGAAAAGAAACACCUGUUUGCUCGCCUUCCUGUUGUGCUCCCUGACCUUGUGGUGCAAGUCGACCAGCGCAGGCUCCAGCUUCCUCAGCCCGUCACAGAAACCUCAGAACAAGGGGAAGCCGCCCAGAGUCGGCCGCCAAGUCAUGGAAGAGCUUAGUCAGCCUGCUGUGGACAACCACAUCACAAUAAGCCCCCCCUUCGAUAUUGGCUUCACUGUGAGAGAGGAGGACUUUGAGCAGUACGGUGUAGUGCUGCAAAUCAUCCGGCAGCUGCUGGGAAGCACAGAGCCUCCAAAAGAGAGCCCAACACAACUUUGAAGAUCAUGGAGAAGAAUGUAAAUGUUGCUGUCUCAAUGCCUUCCCAUUUCCUCUUUAAUUAGUAGCAGCCUGCAUGUGUUGGUCUCCUCAAAACUGAUUUGCUCAAUGCUCUUAAAACUAUUUUGAGAAUCUGCUGAUAUUCGUCAUUACAAACUAAAAAAUAAGACUUUCUAUCAGGUCAACCCUUGCGUAAGAUUGACACAAGAUCUUUCUGGAGCUUUCAACCACAUCCCAGGGUCUUCCUCAUCUAUAGAUCUGAAUUAGCUUCGAUCACAUCACCUCAUUAUGAAAGCUUGGCUGAUAUAAAUAUGGUUUAAUAGAAUACAGGAGCUGAUAUAAAUCAUUAUAGUUCUAUAUGAAACUUGAGUUAUGAUUUUGACACAUUUAAACAUUGAUCUUAGUGGAAUUUGUUUUGAUUUCUCGCCAUUUUAAAACUGUCCACUUAUGAGCCACUCAUAUCCAGUGCAGUGAUCUAAUGUUGUUCAGUAAUAAAUCCACUUUCAUUUGUUUUGUUCAGAGACCCACACGUGCCUGCAACAAUAA